UCUCGUCUUUCCUUCAUUUCGCAACGAUCGUUCAUCGAGGAUGAACCGAAACACCGAGUUCCUCCUCGUCUUCCUGUUUCUGGCCUUGUCCGUGGCCUGCGCGGAACGCAUCCCAUGGAGGACCUGCCCUUACCCUGACUCUAACACCCCAACAAACUGCACGAUACACGAAGUAUACUUAGACCCAUGUGCAGAAGCAAAAGAGGAGAAACCAUGCAAGGUAAAAAGAGGAAUCACAGCAAAUAUGACUUUCCACUAUACACCUGAGUUCACGUCUGAUAAGAUGAACGUCCGAAUUUUCUGGGCUAGUCAAGUAAUGGAUAUUCCAUUUUUGGGAAUGGACCCCAAUGCCUGUUUAUCGACCACGUGUCCAGUUGUUGCGGGACAAAGGAACGUAUAUCAUGCAGAUAUUCCUAUUUUGAAAAAAUAUCCUGUUAGAACGUACGAUAUCAAGUGGAAGAUCUGGAACGAAGAGGAACAAGAAUGCUGUUUCAUGUUUCAAAUUAAAAUUGUGAAAUAACAUCUGCCAUGUUCUGUGGGGAACUAUUGUGAUCGGUUUUGUCAUUUAAUCAAAUAAAAUCAUUACGACUAAGUAA